AAUCUCCCUUUGCCCUUACUCACCCAUUUCCCCAUAUUACUCAUUCACACUUCCAAACAUCACCACGGAUCACGACAAGAUACUCCAUCAAGGAUUUUCGUCGUGCCUCCUCCUACAUUCGUUUCGCCUUACCUCGAACAAGUAGAAAAAAAAAAGAAACUCAGCAGUUGCUCGGUCGCCCCUGCCUCGACACGGACGCGACUGUUAUCGAAAUCUCCAAAUUUCGCCACUGAACACCACCGUCAAGCCCAACAGCUAUCCGGCAAGCGUUCUCAACCUUCUCUCGACACAAAUCGCUUUCAACCUCCAGACCUUCCUUGACCAUGAAGGUCUUUUCCAACGCCGUCACCUACAACUACUCGUGGGACGAGGUGUCAUCGGCCAACUGGCAGAAAUACGGCCCCUGGAACAACAAGUCAGAGCACGUUAUCGCUGUCGACACACUAUCACGAUCCGUCGAUCCCGCCACCGGCGUCCUCCGAACCGAGCGUCUCAUCUGCUGCAAGCAGUCUGCCCCAGAAUGGAUCAAGUCCAUCUGCGGCAAGGUAGAUGAAAGCUACGUCUACGAGGCCAGCUACGUCGACCCCUCAAACAAGACCCUCACCAUGGUGAGCCAGAACUUGACAUGGAGCAACCUGGUCUCCGUGCAAGAAGAGUGUGUGUACUCGCCACUCUCCGAGGGCGAGACUCUCUUUAGCCAGAGCGCGCGGAUCACAGCUCUCUGCGGUGGCUGGCAAAGGAUACGCAACAGCAUCGAAGACACACUCGUCACACGGUUCCACGAGAACAGCAUCCGGGGUCGUGAAGGCUUUGAGCGCGUCCUCGAGAUGAGCCGCAAAGUCUUCGCCGAGGAGAAGGAGAGGCUGCAGCGUGAACAGAUGAUUGCGGCAUAAGCUCCGUUGCUCAUGCUUCACGUGUACAUUUCAUCGGCGUUGGUUCAGUCUGGUUUUGCAUGGCAGCAUUGCUUUACGGCGUUUCAAGAGAGGUUGCAUGGUUAGAAGGCAUAAAAAAAGUUGCUUGAGGAGCGAAAGAAAUUAUACCCGGUUUACCGAUAGAUUAGACUACCGGGUAGAACGACUUACGAUGUUCUCUAGAGAAAUAAUAUCCCAAUAUUACCACUAACCACAAC